AAAGUGAAUACCUAUAAACUUCAGACUUGGUUGAAAAAAUUAAAACUCACAAGUAGUACAACCAAUUAUAACUCACAGAUUAGUUUCUUUGGCUAUGGUUCAAUGAAAAACUAGAUCAAAUUACAGCUCUUGGGUUUCUGUUUAAAGUCAUGAACUGUUUGUGGCCCCCCUCUGGAUGUUGGGAAAUAUUUCCCACAGAUCUUGUCCAGGAAAAGGUUUACAUUUUUACUUUGGAGUUUAUCUAUAGGUUGAUUCAAUAAGAUAUGAAAGUUGAGAAAGAGCCUGAAGGUUAAAACAAAUGUGAUUAUUAGACUGGAAAUUUAUGAAAGACUUACUUAAUUUUGGAACAAACUCUAAAGGUAGUUAAAAUUGCACAGUUACAGCUGGCAGAAAAAUGUAAUAUGAGUAGCAUGCAGUGGAGAGAGAAUGCCCCAGCCAGGGACCUAAUCCUAGCAGCCCUUCUGCCCCCCGCCCCCCACCCUGCACUAAAUAUCUCUGAAACCCAGAAAAACAACAGUCAACAGUGUAGCUCUGUUUCACCCUCAAAGCUGAAACAGAACUGUGGUUAGGAGUAAAGGUUAGCUUAGUUGAAGGCUAGUUGUUUAAUAGUCAAUACAAAUCUGAUCUGAUUGAAGAACUGUCACUAUAACUACCGUUGAAACUCAGACAUCCUGUUGUAAUGCGUUCUAGGUUACCUUCAGGAAGCCUACCUGUGGACAAAGCAAGUUCUGUCCAUCAUGGAGAAGUCUAUGGUCCUUCUGCAGGAAGUGACAGAUGGUUCACUUUAUGAGGGUGUGGCCUAUGGGACCUACACCACCCGUUCCCUAUUCCAGUACAUGUUUCUGGUUCAGCGCCAUUUUGCCAUCGGCCACUUCAGCCAUCCUUGGCUACUGAAGCACUUUGCCUUCCUCUACAGGACCAUCCUACCAGGAUUUCAGCGGACCGUGGCCAUCGCAGAUUCCAACUACAACUGGUUCUACGGGCCAGAGAGCCAACUGGUCUUCUUGGAUCGCUAUGUGUUGCGUAAUGGCAGUGGGAAUUGGCUGGCAGAUCUGAUUAAUCAAAACAGGAUUACAGAAGGGCCAGGCCAGGCUGGAAAGGGCCAGCGAUGGUGCACUCUGCACACAGAGUUCAUUUGGUACAGAUAA